AUGCCGAAGAGAAGAGAUAUUCUUGCCAUCGUGUUGAUCGUUUUACCCUGGACUCUGCUCAUCACUGUUUGGCACCAAAGCGCUAUAGGCCCUCUCCUCGCCAUCCGCAAGGAUGAUGGAGUCGAGGGGAAGAGGGAGGCAGGUGGCCAGGGGCAGGACUCCAAAGAAUACUGUGCUUCAGAUAAGGACAUAGUGGAGGUGGUAAGGACAGAAUAUGUCUAUACACGGCCUCCACCCUGGUCCGAUGUGCUGCCUACUAUCCACAUCAUCACCCCUACAUACAGUCGGCCGGUGCAGAAAGCGGAGCUGACGCGGCUGGCGAACACCUUCCUCCAUGUUGCCAACCUGCACUGGAUCCUGGUGGAGGACUCGCAAAGGAGAACAACUCUUGUUACGAGGCUCCUUCGAGAAACAGGGCUGAACUACACCCACCUCAAUGUAGAGACGCCCAGGAACUAUAAGCUGCGGGGUGACACCCGGGACCCCAGAAUACCGCGAGGGACAAUGCAAAGGAAUCUGGCCCUGCGGUGGCUGAGGGAGACAUUUAACGCCAACAGUAGUCAAGCUGGAAUCGUCUACUUUGCUGAUGAUGACAACACAUACAGCCUGGAGCUGUUUGAGGAGAUGAGAUCGACUCGGAAAGUUUCAGUGUGGCCUGUGGCCUUUGUGGGCGGCUUGCGGUAUGAGUCCCCCAAGGUCAAUGCAGCUGGAAAGGUCUACGGCUGGAAGACAGUGUUCGACCCCCAUCGGCCCUUUGCCAUCGACAUGGCCGGCUUUGCCAUCAACCUGAGACUCAUCCUCUUCAAGCCACAGGCAUAUUUUAAGCUUCGUGGGGUGAAGGGAGGCUACCAGGAGAGCAGUUUGCUCCGGGAACUAGUCACACUCAACGACCUGGAGCCUAAAGCAGCCAAUUGCACUAAGAUACUUGUUUGGCACACGAGAACGGAGAAACCGGUCCUUGUGAACGAGGGGAAAAAAGGAUUCACAGACCCCAAUGUGGAGAUCUGA